AUGGCCCUGAACAAUAAACUUGCACUGGAAAGGGAAAACAUUACCCAUACGCUGACCGUAUUGCGUAUAAACGUAGACGAAGAACGGUUUAAACCCUUCAAGGAACACUUGCAUAUCCCAGUCGAUGAUGUCGAUGAUGAGGAUCUCCUGCAGCAUUUUCCAACCACAAACGCAUUCAUCCGGUCAGGGCUCGAGAGUGGAACUGGGGGCGUGCUCGUUCAUUGGUAUGUUGUUGUUUUUUUGGUUUCUUUCUCCCUUUUUUCACUUGUUGCAAUGGGCAAGUCCCGCUCGGCGACUGUGUGUAUAGCGUACCUCCUCCACAAGGACCCUGGUGCGUUGACGCCCAGAGAGGCUUUGGACCUUAUUCGUCGCACCCGGCCGCUUUGUGAGCCGAAUGAUGGGUUCAUGGAGCAACUGGAGCUUUAUCACCAAAUGGGAUGCCCAGAUAAUGUUGUUGAUCAUCCUGUCUAUCAACGUUGGCUCUAUCAGCGAGCCGUGCAGGACAGUGUAGCUUGUGGAAAGGGGCCUGAGCUGAACGAGAUCCAUUUCGAAGAUCAAGGGAUAAGUAAUAACUCUAUCGGCGAUUCAUACCCCAGGAAACAAAAGCGUCUCGUCCCAGACGCAACCCCUUGUCCCCAUAUCGUCAUUGACACCCACGUCAUUACCGCCGUCAACAUGCGCCCACAUCUUUCUCCACCCACUCACUUGGAUGCGUCCAUCACUUUUUCCGUCAUCCUCGGAUCCAACGUCUUCUAA